AUGGUCUCGGACAAGUCGCUGUUCACGGCCUAUCGCCACAUCGCUCCUACGAAGAUUGGUGGUAUUGCAGGGGGCAUCAACGCCGUCGGAACGGGAAACAUCGCCUUUGUUGCCGCCUCCGGUCACCCGAUCACGCUUACCGGCGUGCUGCACACCCCGGGCCUGUCUGUCAACCUCCUCUCGGUCUCUCGACUUUGCGACACCGACGAUGUCCGUGUCGCCUUCACGAAGCACGGCAUCCAUAUCGACAAGAACGGCAAUGCUAUCGCUGAAGGCGCAAGACUCGAGGAAGGGCUCUACUUGCUGGACGCUGAUCAUUCCAAAUGUCAGCAUCUCGCUCUCCUCUCUCGCUCACAGUCUUCCGUGCCCCUGCUGACCCUUCACCGCUGCCUCGGCCAUCUCGCACCGUCGUCCAUACAGAAGAUGGUUGCCGCUGGUUUGCUGGAAGGUCUCGGGGCCGGAUAUAGUGACGAAGAGGUAGAGAAGUUUGUCUGCAAUGCUUGCCUCAGUGCAAAGGGCCAUCGUCUUCCUUUUGCCGAUUCGGACUCGCACUCCUCAGAGAGACUCGGCCUCGUACACAGCGAUGUGCUUUCCUUUCCCGAGUCGUCCUUGACUGGCAAGCGUUACCUGGUCACGUUUCUUGACGACUUCUCGCGCAAACUGUGGGCAUACGCGAUCGGACACAAAAGCGAAGUCUUUGGCGUGUUCAAGACAUGGCUUGCCGAGGUCGAACUCGAGACGGAUGCAAAACUGAAGGUCCUCCGAACCGACAAUGGUGGCGAAUACUGUUCGAGAGCGUUCACGGAAUUCUGUAAGGCACGCGGCACACGUCGACAAUACUCUAUCCCUCGAACGCCUCAACAGAACGGUCGUGCCGAACGAGUCAAUCGUUCUAUCGUCGAAGGUGUCCUUGCCCUCCUUGCAGACGCCCACUUACCCAAAUCAUUCUGGGAGGAGGCAGCAGCUUAUUUCGUCUACUGCAAGAACCUGUGCGAACACUCGGCCCUGGACAAGGCAACACCGAACUUCGCCUGGCAGGGCGACCGCACCAACGCCUCGGCGCUUCACCCGUUCGGCUGCACGGCUUGGCUCACAGUCGCGCCUGAACUUCGCUCGAAACUCGACCCGAAAGCGGUUCGCGUUCUCUUCACCGGCUAUGACCUGGCUUCUAAAGCCUUCCGUUUCUACGACACGACGACCAAGAAGAUCAGUUUGGGCAGAAAUGCCAGGUUCCUCGACAACGAAUUUCCCGGGUUACGUAGCGACUCCACCGAGCAAGACGCCGACACGCACUUCGCCAGCGCUUGCCCGACCACCGAAUCCCAAGCCGUUGUCAAGACAUGGACCCCACUAGUAAGGUCGGCGCACAUGGACGUCUCAUCCUCUCUUGAUGACUCUGCCAUGAGCGCCGUUGACGUGGCCCCAGGGUACACUGGCGGAACCUUACUUAAUUCCACAGAUGCCGAAUCGUCCUCGUCACCGUCUCCUGAGCCGUCCUCGUCACCGUCGCCCGCAACUCCCUUGUCACCGUCGCCUGCGCUGUCACCGUCGUUGGCUGCGUCAUCGUCACCCUCGGCCUUACCGACCGACUCUGACUACUCCGCCGACCCUCUGGACCUCAUCGGCUCACAGACCCCGACUCGCCUCGGCCCACCGGACGUGCACCGCCCAGACUUCAGCACGUACCGUGAGCCCGCAUCGGCUGAGGAGUCGCCCGACGAACUCGACAUCAUUGGGCGCCACUCGCGCGAUGAAUCGCCGGACGAAAUCGAUUUCCUCACCCAACACCACCGCGCCUUCAUCGCCACCGACGACGACAACUCUGACACAGAAGCCAUUCAACCAGUCAAGUCCAUCACCAGCGACCCACAGACAUGGCGCGAGGCAAUGUCGAGUGACAAGCGCGAAGUGUGGGCCAAGGCCGCUACCGACGAGUUCAAUUCCAUGCGCGACGACUUCAAGGUCUUCACCAUCGAGGACCGAUCCACGGUACCAGCGGGUGCGACCAUCGUCACAUCCAAGUUCGUCUGGAAAACGAAACGGAAUGCACUCGGCGAAGUCACCGGCCACAAGGCACGGCUCGUGGCGCAGGGAAAUCGGCAACGCGACGGCAUCGACUUCAACGAAACCUUCGCACCAGUCGCACGCUUCUCCUCGAUACGCUCACUCCUCGCGCUGGCGGCCGCCAACGGCUUGCACGUGCACCAGGCGGACAUCGACAAAGCCUAUCUGCAUGGCGACCUUGACCAUGACAUCUGGAUGACGACACCGCGCGGCUUCGACCUUCCCACCGACAAGGUGCUUCGUCUGCGACGCUCCAUCUACGGACUCAAACAGGCUGGCCGAAUCUGGAAUCGACACAUCGACGCAUCGCUUCGAGAUCUCGGCUAUACGGCGACGGGCACCGACCACUGCGUGUACUCUCGGAUCGACGAUCGGCGACGCCCACACUACAUCGCGCUGUACGUCGACGACCUCCUGAUGAUCAGCCCCGACUUGGCCGAAAUUGAACGUGUCAUCUCGGGCCUCGAACAACGCUACGGCGUCAAGCGCCUCGGCCCGGCAGAGUACAUCCUCGGCAUCCAGAUCAGGCGACUCGAAGACGGUUCUAUUGCCCUGUCCCAGGAACGGUACAUCAUGGACGUGCUUGCUCGGUUCCACUUCGACACCACGACUCGCGGCACUACAGUCCCGAUGACCCCCGGCCUUUCGCUCACCGCCAUCCCGGGUCAAGGCACCGAACGGAUCAGGUCAUGGUAUCUGCAGGCUAUCGGCUCGCUCCUCUACAUUUCGCUCGGCACCCGCCCCGACAUCGCCUUCGCCGUGUCCUACCUGGCCCGCUUCGCCAACAACCCUGGACGUCGUCACUAUUCGAUCAACUCUACUACGUCAGCGAUGUAG